AUGGACUGUGAGAAUGGCACGGAUGUUGCGGAGUUUGUGCUUCUGGGGUUCUCCUCACAACCCAAAGAAAAGCCUUUCUUCUUCGCCUCUUUUCUGCUGAUGUAUGGGGCAGGCCUCCUGGGCAACAUCGUGAUGGUCCUUCUGAUCACCGUGGAUGCCCGGCUUCAGACCCCCAUGUACUUCUUGCUGCGGAGCCUUUCUGUGGUGGACAUGGGCUUCCUCACAGUCACGGUGCCUCAGAUGCUGGUUCACCUCUUGUCCUCUUCCAAGGCAAUCCCUUUCUAUUCCUGCAUGGCUCAGUUCUUCUUCUUCUACGUGUUUGGUGUCACAGACAUCUUCAUGGUGAGUGUCAUGGCUCUGGAUCGCUAUGUCGCCAUUUGCAACCCGCUCCACUAUGCUACGGUGAUGAGCCAGAAAGUCUGUGGACGUUUGGUGGCUGGGUGCUGGAUCGUUUCCACCCUCCACUCCAUGCUGCAUGCUGGCCUCCUCCUGCGCCUCAGUUAUUGUGGGGACAACCACCUGUCCCACUUCUUCUGCGACCACCAGCCCUUGCUCCAGCUCUCCUCCUCAGACACCAGCGCCAACGAAGCGGCCAUCUUCUUCGAGGGCGUUCCCGUCAUCCUCGGGCCUUUUGCCUUCAUCGUCGUCACCUAUGUCCGCAUCGUGGCAGCUGUGAUAAAGUUCUCUGCUGCAAGAAGGCGCAAAGCUUUCUCCACGUGUAGCUCUCAUCUUACCAUGGUGCUGCUCUUCUACGGUGCUGUCACUGGGGUCUACUUCCUACCCACGUCCAGCUAUUCUUCCCAACGAGGGACCAUUUUUGCUCUCGUGUACACGAUUGUCACCCCCAUGUCCAACCCCUACAUCUACAGUCUCAGGAAUAAAGACGUCAAAAAGGCCCUGAGGAACCUCUUGGGUAGGAUAUCGUUUUCUCACUAA